AAGGAGGGUCCAAACUCCAAAUCCAAACAUAUCACAGCCUCAAAUCAGUGCUUACGUGUUUAUCUAAAAUCCUCUGAUUGUCUUCUCACCGGAAAAAAUAUAGGAAAAAGAACAUAAUUUAUAAAUCAAUGAUUUUAAGAAGGAUUGGAUACUGAAACUGAAAUUUAUACAAAAAAUGGUGAAUUUCACCAUUAUACCUCAUAAAGCUUGCAACUUUACUGCCCAGAAACUUAAAAACAGUUUCCCUACACAAAUUAUUGUUCAUAAACCCCAAAAUGCAAUUCAUUCAUUUCCGACAAAUGCCCAGUUAAAAUUGAGAUUGUUGUCUUGUAAUUAUGGCAGAAAUAAUGAAUUUUUGAGCAAAAGGGUUGAUAGUUUAGUUGCUAAAUUAAGAUUAGAAGAUGAUGUAGACCAAGCAUUACCAUUAGUUACAGAUUCUGGAGAUGAACUUGAUAAUGAAAGAAAUGAAAAAGGUGAUGCUUUUGAGUUAAAAUUGUCUCCUUUGCCUCCAAGAUACAAGCUUAUUGGCACUGCUUCUUUGGCUUUUGUCAUUUGCAACAUGGAUAAGGUGAAUUUGAGUGUUGCCAUAAUUCCAAUGUCGCACCAAUUUGGUUGGAAUGCAUCAGUCGCUGGUUUGGUACAAUCAUCUUUCUUUUGGGGUUACGCGUUAACUCAGUUGCCUGGCGGAUGGCUUGCAAAAAUUUUUGGAGGCAGGCAAGUUCUCGCACUAGGAGUCUUGGCUUGGUCGUUGGCGACAACAUUCAUUCCUGUUGUAGCUGGAUAUAUGCCAGGAUUAGUUUUGUCUAGAAUUUUGGUUGGAAUAGGUGAAGGGGUUUCACCAUCUGCUGCUACAGAUCUUAUUGCCCGAUCCAUACCUUUGGAGGAGCGCUCACGGGCUGUUGCAUUUGUUUUUGGUGGAUUAAGUGUAGGAAGCGUAGCCGGGCUUCUCUUGGCUCCUCCACUUAUUGAAAAUUUUGGCUGGGAAUCUGUAUUUUACUUAUUUGGCCUUCUAGGAGUUGCGUGGUUUUUGGGCUUUCAGUAUAUCGAUGGAGAAGAGACUCAGCCAGAUGCUUCAGUCAUGCCUAGUUUAGAAUCUACAUCUGAUAAGAAAUCCUCUUUUGGUUCCAUGGAGGAGCUAAGUAGCUCACUGAAGGAAGUUCCAUGGAAGGCAUUUUUUCGAAGUCCCGCUGUCUGGGCAAUGAUAUAUGCACAUUUUUGUGGAAGUUGGGGACACUAUACUUGUCUAUCUUGGCUGCCUACAUAUUUUAGCGAAGAAUUGAAUCUUAAUCUGACAGAAGCAGCAGAGGUUGCUGUUCUUCCUCCAUUGGCCUCGGUUAUCACUACCACUCUUGCUGCACAAUUUGCUGAUAAUUUGAUUUCUCGUGGAAUCGAGACAACUACAGUGAGAAAGAUAUGCCAAACUAUAUCAUUUCUAUCCCCUGCUUUCUGCAUGACUCUUAGCUCAAUAGAUUUGGGGUUGCCACCUUGGGAAGUUGUAGGAAUUCUAACCAGUGGUUUAGCCCUCUCAAGUUUUGCGUUAUCAGGUCUUUAUUGCACCCAUCAAGAUAUAUCACGUGAAUACGCCAGUGUACUUUUGGGCAUCACGAAUACGGUGGGUGCAGUACCAGGCAUAGUUGGUGUAGCUCUCACAGGCUAUCUACUUGAUUCAACUCAUUCAUGGAGUAUCUCGUUAUUCGCGCCAUCGAUAUUCUUCUACUUAACAGGUACAGUAGUUUGGUUGGCUUUUGCAAGCAGCAAACCACAAAGCUUUUCCAAAUUAGACUAGAGUGGAUUGGGUGGGACUUGAUGUCUUUCUUCCCUUGCAACAUUGUAGAUGACCUUUUCCCUAUCUACAAACGUACCCCUCUCUCUAGUCUCUAGUUUCUUGUAUAUUCAUAUUUGAAAGAAUUAGGAAGAAUUAUAUCAAAUCAAGAUUCGCUGAUAUUGUAUAUUCGUAUAUAAGGAAUAGUAUUUUGUAUUUUUUUUCUCAUAAUCAAUAACGAUUAUAGAUGUCAA